CUUUGACAUCGACCAUACAUCCUAGCUGAAUUUUUGUGUAGCCCUAUACAUUUACAAUGAUUACAUGUCUUCCACUGUAUCCAUAAUAGCCAUCAGUGUAGACACUAUGAGAUUGCUACAUGUAACAAAGUACAAAUUAUUGUGAGGCUGGAAGAAAGUCACAAGUUUUUGAUCAUUGAAACACCGACAUCUGUCCUGUUUUUUAAUCGUGUAAUAUCUGAUUUUGCAUGGCCCAAACAAAAUAAAAAAGUCAGUCCUCGACACAGAAGGAUUCAAUGAAUCCAGGUAUCAUGCAGCUACAUGAAAUCCACAGGAAUUUAACACAAAACUUAAACGCGAUCUUUGAAGAAUGGUUGUAAUAUUUAAAUUUUAAAAAGAUACUAGCAUGAAAUGCAACGAAAACCUUACCUUACUGAACUAGCUCCGACAGAAAAGUCAGGAAAACCACGACGCAAUGUCAAAUUCUCGUCUUCCUAAGCUUUCUAAUAUAUGGAAGAAAAUUUCCCUAAUACCUCGCACUUAAAAAAGCUACCAGAAUCUUACUCUUUCACCGAUCAGAAGCGUCCCAAAAGGCAUCAAGGACAGCCCAUGAAACAAGGAUAGCCCAUGAAGUUCUCAAGCUCUUAACGAUCUUUCUACACUUUUGCAUUGCAUCCCUCCCCUAGUUGGAAAGUGACACACGGAAGACGCGACUACAGUUAACGCACUUUGAUUGGAAGAAGUAAAACCGCAUUCUAUUGGUUAUAAGAUGUGAGGACAUCGCUACAAAGGAAGACACAACCGCCAUGCUAUAUUUCUUCAUUACUUCUUCAAUAACAAUUUUGCUUUUGUCGCCGCCCGAGUAAAGUUGAAGAUGGCCUCCGCAAAGGAUGAAAAUUGCAUAAGUCCAUAUAGGAGACUUCUCCUAGAAAUGUCGAUGGAACUGUCUAACAAAGAUCUGGAGCGGUUGAUGUAUGCUGUAGGGGAUCGUCUUCCCAGGAGAUUGACAGAAAACAUAGAAAGCGGACUGAAGUUAUUUGAAGCACUCGAACAAGAUGUACACAUUGGUCCACAGAAUCUGACUUUGCUACAUGAUGGGUUUAAAGCGAUCGGCAGAGUGGAUCUUGCGCAAAGCAUUCAGGUUUUUUCAAGAAAACUCCACAAAGCUGAUGAUGAUCCGGAUGAGACUGACGAUGGGCAAGGUGACAUGGUUCCUGACGGGGUAGGGGACGGUAGUGAUCCGGAACCAAAAGGAAGUGAUUUUCCUGACAAUGGUGCCCGAAAAGGUACAGAUACGAAUAAACUUACAGCUGCAGCUGACGAACAUGUCAUGACAUUUCGAUCUGUAGUUGAUCAGCCACAUCCUGCGAAUCCUAGAAAUACUUCAACAGGGUUAAGUGGCGGUGAUGCGGAUGGCCGUACAGCUGAACAUCUUGUUGCUGUCAGAAGUGAUGCUUCGCUAACUGUUACAAAUAAUGGCUCCUCUUUAGAAUCUGCGCGGGGACCCUGUCCUGCACCUUCUCGGGAUUUCGUCCUUGAAUCGUCUGCUCGACUCCAGCCUGAUCCAGCUGCAGGACCUGCACCUGCUCGAUACGUGAACUUUCUGGUUCACGAGGGCUACGUCGUGGAAAUCCUGGGAGGAAAACACUAUAAGACCCCUGAUGGAGAAUUUGUAGAGAUGAAGAGUGGGACGCAAUAUAAAAUACACGUCAAAAAUUCUCAUGCUUAUGGUUGCCAUGUCGACAUAUCUAUUGAUGGUUAUGACGUAGGGGGAUGGGCUCUCCGCGGUGGAGAAGAGAUGUCAAUAGAAAGACCAGCUUAUGAGGCCAAGAAGUUCACCUUCUACCGAGUGAAAACUGCACCGAAAGAGGCAGGAAUUGAAUCUGGCCGGCCCGAAAAUGGAGUUGUUAAGUGCGUGUUCACACCUGAAGCUUUUCUUAACAUUCCAGUGAUCACCUCUGACUCGUCUCAGCCUUUGAAUGUGAGCAUGCCUCCAUCGGCGACAGUUGGUGAGUUGAAACGUAAAUUGCAGCACCAGAUGGGAGUUAUGGAUGACCCCUAUCAAGUUCUGGCUAAAAGCGACAAGGUCCUAUCAAAUGGUACACGACUACGAGAUAUAAUUGAGAAACCCAUGGAUUUGAGACUAAUAGAUGCAGAAAUAUCAAUUACAGUAACAGCCGAGGCGUGUUCCAAUUGUCCUUUUCCAAUAAAGGUGCAUCCCGGCAAGGUAAAGGUCCAUUAUCUCAUGGAACAGAUAGAAGGGAAGAUUCAAGUCCCAAUCAGGGAUCAAAAGCUU